AUGGCACAAGGCUACAGGUCCCAAAAGAAGUUCACAGAGAGCAUAGACUGGUCAUAUGCAGGAACUCUAAACCAAAACAACUGGGCUAAGAAAUACCCAUCUUGCAACAAUGCCAAACAGUCACCCAUAAACAUCGAGGAGAGCCUGGCUCAGGUCAAAGUUCAGUUUCAGAAGCUGAGGUUUGAGGGCUGGGAGCAGGAGACCUCUGAGGCUACCACAGUCAAAAAUGAUGGCAAGACAGUGGCCAUAGAUGUGGAUGGAGAGUUCUACAUCAGUGGAGGGGGGCUGAGAGGCAAAUUUAAGGUGGGGCGGAUCACAUUCCACUGGGGACUAUGCAAUGCCUCAUCAGAUGGUUCUGAACACGGACUCAAUGGAGAGAAAUUCCCAUUGGAGAUGCAGAUUUACUGUUAUGAAGGACAUCCCUAUACGUCUAUUGACGAGGCCAUCAGAGAUGGAGGAAAGAUCACUGCCUUGGCUGUGCUGUUUGAGACAAGUAUUGAAGACAAUGACAACUAUGUUUCAGUAAUUGAUGCUGUUAACAGUGUCAGCCGCUUUGGUAAGAGCAGUACAGUGGCUCCGUUCACCAUGCAGGGCCUCCUGCCCAACUCGACAGAGAAAUAUCUCAUCUACAACGGUUCUCUGACCACACCACCCUGUUCUGAGACAGUGGAGUGGAUCAUCUUCAAAAAUACUGUAGCCAUAUCAGAAACACAGUUGGAGACGUUCUGUGAGGUGAUGACCAUGCAGCAGGCUGGCUAUGUGAUGCUGAUGGACUAUCUACAGAACAAUUUUAGAGAGCAGCAGCAGCAGUUCAUGGGCCAGGUCUUUGCCUCCUACACCGGUACAGAGGAACUCCUCACACCAAUCUGCAGCUCUGAGCCAGAGAACGUCCAGGCUGAUCCACAUAACUACACCAGUCUGUUAGUGAUAUGGGAAAGACCACGGGCCGUGUAUGACUCCAACAUUGAGAAAUACUCUGUCACCUACCGUUUGGCCUAUGGAAAUGCCUCGCCCAUACUACAGUACUUAACGGAUGGUGACCAAGAUGUGGGUGCGAUUAUCCAGGACCUGUCUGCCAACACCAGUUACGUGGUUCAGGUGGCAGCAGUGUGUACCAAUGGUCUGUAUGGGCGUAUCAGUGAGGAGCUUAGAGUGGACAUGCCUCUGGAUGACCCCGAAUCAGACCCUGACCCGGAUGCCGACUCAUUUGAAUAUGAAGAGGAGGAUGACUACCAGGUUAACCCAUUCGGAGUCAAACCUGAUUUGAAUCAAGCACUAUAUCCAGUCAGGACUACUUCAGUUUCUCCUUCAGUCACCACGAGAAGGGUGCGACCAGGCCCCUCAUUUUCUGAUGUCAGAACCACAAAGGAGUCCAUCCAAAACCAAGGUCAGGACUUUCCGGUGAAAACCACCGACCAACCCACAACCACCGGCAGCGUUGCCGUCCGUACCACCAGUGCUGCUUCGGGUCAUAUAUCAGGGUGGCUCUCCCCUCAUCCAGUCACCAAAACCAGUGCUGGGACUGGCGUGAUCUCCAAAGAUAUUUAUAGUGUUAGUGCUGAUGUGAACUCUUCAUUUUUAACAAGUGUUCCCACUGAAGCUGAGGUAACCUCUCCUUCCACACGAGCCACAGGGCGGGAAGGAAUGGCUCACCCUGUCACCGUCUCCGGUGACGACAGCAGGACCCCGGUUACAGCAUUCCCCUUCCUAGAGACCCCAGCUGUAGUAACCUCUGCUCCUCUCUUGCCAGAGGUCCCCUCACAGACUACAACUCCCAGCGUGCCUUUCCCUGCCACUACCGCUGCUGCCUACAGUGUAGUGUUUUCACAGACUACCCAACCGCUGUAUAAUGGUGAGAGUGCCCCCUCUGUCCAUUCUAUAUGUGAUGCCUCAUCCCCCUGUUUCAGCCUGCAUGCCAGCUCCCUGUUGCCCCCUCUUUCCUCUUCCAUGGUUUUGUUGUCUGAGUCCCUGCUCGUGAUCCCCGACCGGGACAUCUUGUGUUCUGAGGCCCCGUUGGUUUCUGGUGGUGUGCUGUCCUCUGCCCCUGCUCCCUCCUUUCCCUUCCUGUCCUUCUCUCGAUCUGUCUCUCCAUCAGAGAUGGAACCCAUUCUUAGUGGUGAUUACGUUAAUAACGAUGAUGGUGAUGUGUUGAUGUUUGGGUCAGCCUCAGGUGAUCCACGACGCACUGAUACUCUCCCCUCUCAAACUUUACCUCAUUCAUCUGACACUGAACUCUCACUGUGGAACCUGCCUGACUCUUCUCAGCCCCUGGGUUCUUCUGUCUCAUCAUUCAACCCUCUUGCCUCUCUCCAGCCUUCAGUACCACUGUUUAGUGGCUACCCUAUGGCCACAGCGAUGCCUGACUUCACUGCUUCUCUCUCAGGUAGCGUGGAGGAUUCUGGCCUCCUGAAAGAAUGGGUAGAUUCUUCUCUCCUAGUCGUCUCUCUUAGCCAAGAUGGUGGUACCUCCUGUACCUCCUCUCUCAGGCCCACCUCAUCGCAUGUUUCUGGUGGACACUCUGUGCAUGCCUCUCCUAUUUUCCUGCUGCCCUCCUCUGCCUCAGCGUUGCCCCCUUGUGGUGGAGGCCAGUUGUUGGGCAGCCUGUUUAGCCUAGUAGACCUCCAUUCAUCUCUGCUCUCCUCCAACGGUGGCACUCCUCUGUAUACUGAAGCAGACUCGAAGCUUCGUGCUGGGGACUUCCUCUCCUCUCCUCUCUCUUCUACUGAGCCAUCUAGUGACCAGCUCAUUUCUGUUGCAGCCACAGCUGAUGGUGUCAUACACAGCCCAAACAGCGAGCUGCUCCAGGGGGCUUCCUCAGCCCUCGAACCCCCCACACUGUCCCCUACCACCAGCACUGAGUGGGGCUCCACGCCUCUGCUCUCUGCCGACGGCCAGCUGGACAGCAGUGCUUCAGGCUGGGCCGUGGAUCAGGACUGGGGAUUUAGUUCAGCUUCGGGGGAAGGAAAUACAGUUCCCUACACCCCCACAGCUGGCCUGACCCCCAGCCCAUCUGAAGAGAUGUACGAGGCAAGCGAAGAACGCUCUUCCUCAUUCUACUUUGAGAACGAAAAUGGGAUUGGGGGCAUUGGCACGGAGACCAAGAACACUGUGCUGACCCCAGGUCCACCUUGGACAUUUGAAGGUGGAGAUGAGGAGAGCGGCUCUGGAGAGAACCUCACUGACAAUGAGACGUCCUCAGACUUCAGUAUUCCAGAACGUACUGAAAGGGAUUCGGAAGAGGAGCUGGUAGAAGAUGCCAGUAACAGUAGCCAUGAGUCCAGGGUAGGGUUUGUGGGGGGUGGGGAAAAGCAGAGGAAAGCCAUCAUUCCCCUGGUGGUGGUGUCCACUCUCACGCUCCUAGGCCUGAUUGUACUGGUGGGCAUCCUCAUCUACUGGAGGAAAUGCUUCCAAACUGCUCAUUUCUACAUAGAGGACAACACAUCACCCCGGGUUGUAUCCACACCCAAUACCCCUAUGCUUAAUCCCACAGAUGAACAUGAAGCCCUGUCUGUGAAGCAGUUCGUAAAACACGUGGAGGAGCUUCAUAACACUAACUCCUUCUCCCGCGAGUUUGAGAUAUUGAAAGAAUGUUUUGAGGAGGUACAGGCGUGCACUGUGGAUUUGGGAACCACCACAGACAGCUCCAACCACCCAGACAACAAGAACAAAAACAGAUACAUCAACAUUUUAGCUUAUGACCACAGCAGGGUCCGACUCUCACUGCAGACUGAAAGAGAUGGCAGAAGUGGAGGAGAUUACAUCAAUGCUAACUUUGUGGAUAGUUUUAAUCAGCGCAGGGCAUACAUAGCAGCACAAGGGCCUUUAAAGUCCAGCACUGUGGACUUCUGGAGGAUGGUGUGGGAGCAGAAUGUUGGUGUGAUUGUCAUGAUCACGAAUCUGGUGGAGAAAGGAAGAAGAAAGUGUGAUCAGUACUGGCCUCUGGACAGUCAGGAGGAGUAUGGCUGUUUUCUGGUGACUCUGAAAAGCACUAAAGUCCUGGCUUGUUAUACUCAGAGGACUUUCAUUUUACGAAACACCAACAUAAAGAAGGGAUCUCAGAAAGGCCGCAGUAAUGAGAGAACAGUCGUCCAGUACCACUACACACAGUGGCCAGACAUGGGUGUUCCACAGCAUGUCUUACCUCUACUCACCUUUGUCCGCAAAUCCUCCAACGCCAGGACAGAUACGAUGGGGCCAGUGGUUGUUCACUGCAGUGCUGGAGUGGGAAGGACAGGCGCGUACAUAGUCCUGGACAGCAUGCUGAAGCGGAUUAGGGAACAGGGCACAGUCAACAUCAUGGGCUUUCUGAAACACAUCCGCACACAGAGGAACUACUUAGUACAGGUUGAGGAACAGUACAUUUUCAUUCACGAUGCUCUGGUGGAAGCCAUUCUAAGUAAAGAGACUGAAGUUCCCACGAGCCGUAUCCAUAGUUACGUCAAUGACCUUCUGACCCCCGGGCCCUCAGGAAGGACACGCUUAGAGAAGCAGUUUAAGUUGGUCAGUCAAAACAGGGCCAAACAGUGUGAUUACUCCAUGGCUCUGAAAGACAGUAACCGUGAGAAGAACCGGAGCUCCUCUUUGAUACCUAUGGAGGGGUCCAGAGUGUGUCUGUCUACAACGGCAGGAGAGACAACAGACUACAUCAAUGCCUCAUACAUCAUGGGUUACAAUCAAAGCAGUGAGUACAUCAUAACUCAGAAACCUUUGCAGAAUACAGUGAAGGACUUUUGGAGGAUGAUUUGGGAUCAUAAUGCUCAGAUUAUUGUUUCACUACCGGAGCACUCCAGCCCAGUGGACGAGAAUGAGACACUGGUGUAUUGGCCCAGUCGAGAUCAGCCAAUCAGCUGUGAGAUGUUCACUGUCACCUUCAAAAGGGAGGAACACGUAUGCCUGUCCAAUGAGGACAUGUUGAUUGUGCACAACUACAUUCUGGUGGCUACACAGGAUGACUAUGUUGUGGAGGUGAAGCAUUACCGUGCUCCACGCUGGCCAAACCCGGACAGCCCUAUCAGCGGCACCUUUGAGCUCAUUAACAUCGUGCGGGAGGAACGGGGCUCCGGAGACGGGCCUAUGGUAGUACAAGACGAGUAUGGUGGGGUUGGUGCCGGAACAUUCUGCGCCCUGUUCACUCUACUGCAGCAAAUGGAUGCUGAGAGCUCUGUGGAUGUGUACCAGACAGCCAAGAUGACCAAUCUAAUGAGACCAGGGGUCUUCUCUGACAUUGAGCACUAUCAGUUCCUUUACAAAGCCAUCCUGAGUCUGGUCGGCACCCAAGAGGACGAGAAAGCCCUUCAGUCCUCCGACAACAACGGGACUGUCCCAGGAGGCCCCGAAUGUGUUGCCGAGAGUCUGGAGUCCCUGGUGUAA